GGCUCACGCGCAAAAGCUCCUAAAUACGCAAAAAUAUACAGAAACUUACGUUUUAUACAUAAUCAACCGUAUAUAUGCAACGUGUUUUCUAAAUCCCUUUCGUUGCGCUCUCUCUGUGCUCUUUUCUUCCUUUAAAAACUUUCAUGCAUGGCGAUUAGGGCAUCAAUCCAUAAUUAGGCCUCAAAAUCGCUCUUGAUUAAUGCUAUUACUUCAUGAAGAAGAUGUAAUCUCUUACGGAUUUUCGGCUUUUCUAACCAUUUUGGAAGAAGAGGAGAUAAUAGCGAAGUUAGUUUCGAUUUGGGGAUUCGGGUUUUCGAGGGUUCGUUCUCUUUUUUUUUUUUUUUUUGGUUUUUAGGUUUUUCAAGGCAUGAAGGGUCAAUCUGAGAAGACGAAGGUGGUCGUGCGCCACUUGCCACCGACGAUUUCUCAGGUCACUUUAAUGGAGCAAAUCGACGUUGCUUUUGCUCGGCGUUAUAACUGGGUGUCGUUUCGUCCUGGCAAGAACAGCCAGAAGCAUCAAUCCUAUUCUAGAGCCUACAUUGACUUCAAAAGGCCAGAAGAUGUUAUUGAGUUUGCAGAAUUUUUUAAUGGCCAUCUCUUUGUCAAUGAGAAGGGCACUCAGUUUAGAGCUAUUGUUGAGUAUGCUCCUUCACAGGGUGUUCCAAAGCAGUGGUCUAAGAAGGAUGGUCGAGAAGGCACCAUAUUAAAAGAUCCUGCUUAUUUGGAGUUCCUGGAAUUAAUAUCAAAGCCUGCUGAGAAUCUUCCCAGUGCAGAGAUACAAUUGGAAAGAAGAGAAGCUGAAAGAGCUGGUGCUACUAAAGAUGCUCCUAUUAUUACACCCUUAAUGGACUUUGUCCGUCAGAAAAGAGCUGCAAAAAGUGGAUCCCGGAGAAUAUUGGCUAAUGGGAAACUUAGCAGAAGGGCUGGUGCAAGUGGAAGUCCUAGCUCAUCCUCAUCCAAACGAAGUUCUGACAAGAAGAGGGUUUCGACCACAAUGUAUGUUUUAAGGGACUCAGCAAAAAACACAAGUGCAAAAGACAAAUCAACUUACAUUUUGGUUCCUACGCGAGAUGAUCAGCAUCUUUCUGAUAAUGCUGUUGCUUUAGCUUCUGCAUCAGUAACUGAAGUAUUGGAAGAUGAAAGUGGAAUUUCUGGAAUUACUGAUGCUGGGAAAAAGAAAAUCCUGCUGCUGAAAGGGAAAGAGAAAGAAAUUCCAACACAGAAUGCAGCAUCAUUUGAUAGAAAUCUGACUAGCUCUGCUCUCAAACAGAGCCAGCGACGUGAGGCCAGCGGCAUGAUAAUCAGAAGCAUACUUCUAAACAAGGAGUCACGCCAAAAUCAAUCUUCUGGGGCCCUGUCUGAGCAGCAAACUCAAAACUCAAGUAUAGAAAAGGAUAAGCGUCCUCCUCGUCCUCAGCAUGUGCAAUUGAUUGUGAAGGAUGCAAAUGGAGUCUCAGAUGACAAACUCGUGGGUAAUGACUUGCAUGGUGUUUCUGGUGAGAAGCAGGAAAAGCGCACAAGAAAUAAGGAUAGGCCCGAUCGUGUAUGGACUCCUCUUCGUCGAUCAGAUGGAUCAUAUGCAAGUGAUGAAUCCUUGUCAUCUGCAUCUCAAUCUACACAAUCAGUUGUAGAUUCUUCUCAAGGAAGUCUUGGAGAUGUAAAAGUUGACCCAUCAAAUUCAAGGAGUGGAGAAGUUAAAACCCUUGGAAGUGGACGUAGCAUUCACUCUUCUUUAGAUAAUGGAUCACUUAAACAUUUUGGUCGUAGGGGACCUUCACAUGCAGUGAGGGAUGUGGAUGGCUCAUCUGGUGAAGGGAAGCCUUCAAAGAGGGGUAGUGCUUCUGGUUAUGGUUCCCAUGAGAAGCAAGUCUGGGUUCAAAAGUCAAGUUCUGGUUCUUAGUGCUUUUGAAAUGCAUAUUUUGAUGAUUCUUUGCAGUCAUUAUUUUGCCGUGGAAUGCUUAGUCCCAUGAAAUUUUGGAGCAUGCAGUUCCUGUAUGCUGGUGGCUGUCUCUUUUUACUAAAACAGAUGGUCGGGUGUGAAGAAUUUCAGCAGCGGGUAAGGUUUUCUUCGGGAAACCUAGAAGGAAAAUGAAAGUUGAUGUCAAUGAUGCCAGAUAAUUCAUGUAAUUAAAUACUUGCUCGGUUGAAGGCAGUCCUGAUCUUAGUCAAAGAUAGCUCGGAAUGUGCGGAAGAAAGAAAGGAAGAAAGAUACCAUCAUUAUAAUCAUAUAUAGGACCACAGAUUUUGCCAGGGUAUCCCUUUGUGGGGUUCGUUCUACUCAUCAGAGGAAGCCAUUGAUGUGCUCAUUCUUGCCCUUGACCGACUGCAUAUUGGGAUAUUCUACUUCUAUAGGUUGAUCCCCUACCCUGGUUAGAACUGUAUAUAAAUAUCCCAAGUGGAAAGCCUUACUUGAUUUCCCAUGUUUCUCAUAUGUAUGUCUUGUUAAGCAGUCUAGCAUUACGUGAUUUGGUGAGAAGUUGUCAAUAGCCCCUGGUAUUUUGUAGGGCUAUCUAUAAUUGGGUUCUUGUCAAAAGAGAAUAAAAAGCUGGGGACCUUUUGUCCAGCGGAGCUGAGACUGCAGUAUCAGUUAUGUGAAUGUUUUGAUUGAUGGUUAAUGGAGUGAUUUUAGAAGCAUGGAUGAAUGUUAUAAAAUGGGUUAGGAACUAAUUGGGCCUUUGUUAUUGGCUGUGCUUCCGUUAAUGGAAAAUUGCUUUGGUGCCA